AUGGGAAAUGUUGUUCGGGGAGCUGUGGCCUUCAUUCCAUCAGACCGAUGUGAGCGAUUCUUGGUGGGGGACAUGAAGGAGAUGCCGCAUGAUUGCACCCUCGACCUGAGUAGCCAUCAUCUUCGUCGCUUUCCCCUGAGAGUAUGUGCCUUCAGUGACCUUGUUAAACUUUAUCUGAGUAAUAACCACUUGAACAGUCUGCCUCCUGAGCUUAAUAAUCUGGAAAAGCUUCAAAUUCUGGCUCUGGACUUCAACUGUUUUGUGGAACUGCCUUUGGUUGUUUGCAGUCUUCGGGAACUUACCAUCCUCUACCUUGGAAAUAAUCAACUUUACAAACUGCCAAAAGAGCUGGCUCAGCUCAGUGGACUAAAGACAUUAUGGCUAGACAACAACUGCUUUAAAAAGUUCCCAUCUGUAGUAUGUAAGCUUUCCAACAUCAGAACUCUUCAUCUGGGUUACAAUCGAUUUCGUAGCUUGCCUUGUGAGCUGGCGAGGUUAAAAGAACUGCGAAGUAUUUGGUUAUCAGGUAACGUUCUGAAUAAAUUUCCACCAGUGCUUUUGGAAAUGCACUGUUUGGAAGUGAUUGAUGUAGACAGGAACUACAUACAGCAUUUUCCACCACUUAUUCACUUGACAGGGCUUAAGAUUAUCAUCUAUGAUCAUAAUCCCUGUGUUAAUGCACCUUUGGUAGGAGAAGGUGUGAAACGGGUGGGCCGGUGGGCUGACAGUGUUGAUGAUGGGGAAGAUGAAGUUGAAAGAAAGACGACUGAAGCAUCCACAGAAGAAAAGACAGCUGAAGUAUCAAUAGAGGUGAGAGAACAGCUGCCAGAAAACAAGUAA